CCAUGUUCAUUUCGUGUUUGUAACAUAAAGCAAUAUACAAAACGGCGCAAUUUAUUUGAAACCAAGAUUGUUUGAUCGCUUUUAUUGAUAAGAUACUAAUAAAAAGAUUUUAAAAAAUAUACGUGAUUAGAGAACUGUUUUAAACUUUGCUAAGUGCUAUGGAGCUAUGGGCAAUAAAUCUCGCUGGACUUUCAUUGGCACUGGUUUUGGACAUGAAGAGUCAUAGUAGGCCUACUCUGAUAUUAUUGCUUUGAAAGGAUAAAACAAUGUCUAGAAAGAAAGAGCAGCAGGACAAGGAAGACUUGCCACCAACUGAUUUACAACAUAUGAAGCUACUAGAUGAAGCAUUUAAGAGCUACAUUGAUGACAUGAAACCAUUUGUGCUUAGCUUGCCAGAUAAAAGUGAUCGUCAAAGAAUUGCUCUAUGGAUAAAGAAGUUGUGUGGUCCUGUUGGUCAAAAAUCUUCUGAAAGGAAGAACAGGAACCUGUAUGCUCAAAUUCUGUUUCAAAUGCUAAGGAAAGGAUGGAUAGAUGAGCCAUUCGAUGAUGAACCUGCCCCAGGACCUUUGCAGAUUCUGCCUGCUUACAUGUCUAGACAUGAAGAUGCAACAACAAAAAAGAAACAGUCAAAGACAUCUAACAACCGGGCUCCAGAAUGGAUUCGGGGCGAGCUUCCUUCUUCAGACAGCGCUUUCUUUGAAACGCGUCGAUUACAUAUAACGAAAGAAGAUGAUAGAUCUACAUCACCAGAAUCUCCUAACCGGUCGAUGGUCAAAUUUUCUGAAUUUGCCGACAACAUGCUUGAUGUUGAUGACACAGAACAUGAAGGAUUCAGUGAUCCUUCUUUAAGUGAUCAAAGUCAAGAGACGGACAGCCUCGAAGACAUUUCUGAGGAUCUCAAUCCGCAGUAUAACAAGAGAAAGAGCCCACGCUACACCCCUCCACCUUCAUAUGUUCGAAGACAUAUCCCUAAAAUACAGGGAAAAGAAGAAAGCACUUUGGAUCGUGCUGCUAUAAGUCAGACAAAUAUUCAAAACAAACGGAGCCAAUCUCGUUCCCCUGAAUCAGGGAUGGCUGUCAAAGCCGAUGAAAAUGAGAAGCUACGAGCGAUGCUGCAAGAGCUUCAGGGGAGGCUAAAAUCGUCAGAGGUGAAACUUGCAGAAGAGAGACUCUUACUUCAACGGGAACGAGACAUGGCAGUUCAGAAGGUUUUAGACCGUAAAAAUGCAGAAAUCGAAAGCUUCCAGUCACAGAGCAAGACCAAAAUGAACGAAAUUGAAGAAAACAAACGUCGUUUAGAGAAAAAAAUAAUUAGACUCACGAGAGACCUGAACCAGGCAAAUAUCAGAAACGAAAAAGAGGUUGAAGAACUGAAGGCGAUUAUUAAGCAAAACAAGGUUAACGCGGAACAUGAGCUAGAGAGGAGGGUGCUUGAACGGGUUGCCGAUUUCGAAAAGGAAAAGUUCAACAUGCAAAAGGAACACGCACAAAACAUUCAAGAGCUUCUUGAUGAAACUAGUGAACGACUGAAGAAGAUUGAGCACGAGUAUCUGCACAAAAUUGAUUCAUCUGACAUCCAUCUAAAAGAAUUGGAGAAUGAGCUAUAUCAGGUGAAAAGAAGUCGAGAUAACUACAAGCAAGAGAAAGAAGGCUUAGAAUCAGAAUAUGAAGAAUUGAAGGAGAAGUUAGUGUUGGCAAGAGGUAAUUCAGAAGACCAGAAUGCUAGGGUGAAAGGACUCGAGAAGGAGAAAAAAGAUCUAACAGAACGCCAUGACCAAGUACUUAGAGACUUGCGAAGAAAAACAGAUGCUGCGAUUGAUAGCAUGAAGAAAGAACACUCCAGUACUGCAUCGAAAACAUCCGUUGUAAUUUCUGAAUUGGAAGGAAAAAUAAGCCAUCUGAAACAGUCUUUGGAAGAUAUGGAGCUACAAAGAAAACGAGAUUUACGGGAACAAGAGUCCAAUCAUAAACAAGAAAUUGUGAGGCUGCAAGUGUUUCAAGAUAAAACGAUACGAAACAUAAAAAGCGAGGCAGAGAAAACAGAGACAGAACUUCAAAACAAAGUAAGGAUCUUAGAGCAAACAGUGAAAGACAAGGGCUGCAAGGUCGUGCAGCUUGAAGCCCAGCUGGCUGAUCAACAAUUGCAAUCCCAGAAUGCAAUUGAAAAUUUCAAAAACCAAGCUGAAGAGAAUUCGAGAAAAACGUUCCUACAGAUGAAGCAACAGAUCAAUCAAGUUGAAAGCAAUCUGGAGAUAGCUCUUCUUGAAAACAAUGCAUUAAAAGCUAAAUACAAAGAGGAGACUGAUUUGUUAAAAGCAAAGCACGAGAAACAACUCUCUGAGAUGAAACAGAGGCACGAAGAAGAAAAAGAGAGAGUGCUGGGAGAGGCUGAAACCGAGCUCCAAAAACACGAACUGGAAUACAAACAGGAGAUUGAGGAAGCCAAAUCAAGGCUGAAUGGCAGAAUUAAAGAUUUGGAAGAAAGCCUUCUCAGAGAAAAAGAGCGUAACAUCAAGAAAUUCACUGAAAGUGAAGAGACAAUCAAAGAACUAAGAGAAGAGGUGAUUCAAGCCAACUCGCUACGCAAGCAGCAAUUGGUUGAGCUGGGAAUGCUGAGAGACGAAGAGCGACAAAGCUUUAUCCGCCAAGAGGAAUCGCUGCAAGCUAAAUUUCGUUCUCAACUGGAACAGCAAAAGCUAAGUUUGCAGAAAGAGCACUCAUCUGUCAUGGAGAAAAUGCUCGGAGAGACCAACGAAAAACUGAAGCAAAUAGAAAGUGAAUAUGCUUUGAGUUCAGAAAGGAAUCAGCAGAUUAUCACUGAAUUGCAGAGUCAGGUUAUGGAAUCUAAUGAAAAAUUAUCAAGGGAGCAAAGUAACUCGCAGGUUAGGAUACUUGACCUUACCGAGAAUUACGAACAGGAAAAGGAUGAAAUCAAAAAGCAUCACAGCAAUGUUCUUAAGAAUUUGACUCAAGAAGUUGAUUUGCACCGAUCAAGGUCAAGACAUUACGAAAAAAAAUGUCAAAAACUGGAGCUUAAAUCUCAAGAAAGUAUGACUCAGCUAAAACUAGAUUAUGAAGAAAAGAUGCGUGGUUUGCUUCCAGGAUCAGCCCGUAUGGAACUUGAAGAAACAAUUAAUGCUUUGCGUGAGCAGAUCUCAUUGAUGCAGUCACGUGCAACACUUCUCCAAGAAGAGCUGGAAAACAGAGAUGGACUGGCUUACCCCUUGGAUGAUGAGGCAAAAACAUGAUAUGAUUUUCAACUAAAAUAGACAAAGUUUCUGUUGUAAAUGAACCCUCCCUUGCUCAAAACAAUCAGGAAUAUAACUGUUACAUAGUUUUGAUGAUAAUCAGAUCUAGUUUUUUAAAUUUAUAUUUAAAUGCAUAUUUACAGUAUGUUUGCAAACCUGAAAUAAUGUAUUAUAUAUUUUGAAAGAUGAAUAUUUGGUGGAAAGAAAAAAUCUAGCAUUAGU